AUGAAGGAAUCCGAAUCUAUCUCAGAUUUUGGCAACAAGGUAUUGGCUAUUGUGAACCAAAUGAAGCGUUAUGGAGAAAAUAUGGAAGAUGUUUGUGUGGUGAAAAAGAUCCUUCGUUCCUUAAUCGCUAAAUUUGAUUAUGUAGUUUGUGCUAUUGAAGAGUCUAAGGAUUUAGACUCAAUGCCCGUAGACCAAUUGAUGGGUUCUCUUCAAGCCUAUGAAGAAAGGUUCAAUAGAAGACAUGAUGAGCCAUUGGAGCAAGUCCUCAAAGCCAAAGCUUCUUUGAAAGAAAAUGGAGGAGAAAGUAGUCAAAGAGCACGUGGACGUGGAAGAGGACAUAGUCGUGGACGUGGUCAUGGCCAAGGAAGAGGAGAUCGUGAUAAUUUUGACAAUAAUGAAUGGAGGAGCCAUCAAUCCACUAGAAGUCCUGGAAGAGGAAGAGGAAGAGGUAGAAAUAAUUAUGAAAAAGCAUAUGAAAGGAGGUAUGAUAAAUCUAAUGUUGAAUGUUUUAAUUGUCAUAAAUAUGGUCAUUACUCUUGGGAGUGUAGAACAAAUGUUGAAGAGAAGGUCAAUCUUGUUGAUGAUAAAGAAGAUAAAGAAGUUGAAGAGCCAACACUACUACUAUCACUUAAUAAUGGUGAGAAGGAAGACAAAUGCUUAUGGUAUCUUGACAAUGGAGCAAGCAAUCACAUGUGUGGAUGGAAAGAGAAAUUUGUGGAACUUGAUGAGAAGGUGAAAGGAAAUGUUUCUUUUGGAGAUUCUUCCAAGGUGCAAAUCCAAGGAAAAGUGACUUAA